UACACUGUGUGUACACAACUUCGGAGAUUGACUCUAUUGUAGACUCUACAAACCAGCUUGAUAAGAUUAGCGCGAACAAUUUGAAGAGCAUCCAUCGUUUUAAGUUAAUUUUCUAAAAAGCUAAUAGUUAGGUGCAGGUUGGAAACAACACUCAACAUGAACAACUCCCUAAAAGACAAGACAAUUGUUGUAACCGGUGCCGGACAGGGCAUCGGCAACGAGCUGUGCAAAACACUGGCCAGUUUGGGUGCCAAGGUGGUCGCCGUAUCACGAUCAGCCGGUCCUUUGGAGGCCCUCAAAGCCGAGUGUCCAACGAUCGAAACGAUCUCGGUUGAUUUGAGCGAUUGGAAUGCCACUAGGGCGGCACUGGCAAAGAUUGACCGAGCGGAUGGUUUGGUGAACAACGCUGGAAUUGCUAUCAUCAAGCCGUACGAUCAACUGACCGAGAAGGACUUUGAUGACACAUUCAACAUUAACAUCAAGGCUGCGUUCAAUGUAUCGCAAAUAAUGAUCCCGAAAAUGCCCGAAGGUUCGAGUAUCGUGAAUCUUUCGUCGCUGGCCGCUUUGAAGGGCUUUAUGGGUCACUCGGUGUACACCAUGACCAAGGCGGCUCUGGACGGAAUGACCAAGAGUUUGGCCAUCGAGCUCGGCCCGAAGAAGAUUCGCGUCAACAGUGUCAACCCGACGGUGAUUCUAACGCGCAUGGGACGUGAUAACUGGAGCGAUCCCGUGAAGGCCGAUCCGUUGAAGUCGAAGAUACCGCUCGGGCGGUUUGGGGAGGUGAACGAAGUUGUGGAACCGAUUGUGUUUCUGCUGAGCGAAACCUCGUCCUACAUCAACGGGCAGUGCCUGGCAGUCGAAGGUGGUUAUUUGGCUGGAAAUUGAAGGAUUUCGGACUUUGGGUGGAGAUGGAAAAGUUGUUGUUCAUUCAAUAAAUCCGUUAUUAUUCAUUUGUUGUAA